AUGGCUGUUACUGUUUCUCUUGCUGUAAUUUCAUCAAUACACAUAGUUCUCGUAAUAUCGUUAUCUAUUACUAGCGAUUAUCAAAAAACGAACAUUGAAGAGUUGAAGCCAUGUUUCGAACGAUAUAUUGGUCAACGAUUAGCAGACUUAGUCCCGUAUCAUAGCGAGUGGCGCAUGAGAACACCUGAAGAUUGUCUGCUUUUUUGCGCACUUUCCUCGUCUCGUUGUCAGUCUACAGUUCAUGACAUGUUUCAACACAUUUGUUACUAUUUCUUGGAUGAUGGUCGGCUGCAUAUACGACUUGCUCGUGGAAUGGUUUAUUUUCGAGUGACGGAAAAAGGAUGUUUGGCUUUCGAAGUUAUUGCUACAUCACUUAUAAACUCUCUUGUAGACGAAUUUUUGAGACGAUCUAAUCCUGCACUUUUUGAUUCGCAAGUGGCAACUUCUAAAACACUUUCGCCAACUGCGCAGUACGGUAUUAACCGAGGUUUUCUUGAGACACAACAACCAGUUGUGGCUCAUGCAAAUCCUCUCAUCCAUAUACCUGAGGAUGGUCAAGCUCUAACUCCAGCACCAUAUUUCAAUUAUUCUAAAGAACACAAGUUGCUAAUCAGUGCAGAACAUAAAAAACCCAAUGUUAUCUCAAAUACCUCAAUAUCAUUUAACUCACAAAUUAACAGAUAUAUUACUGCUGCUAUUGCUAAUACAACUGUCAUUGCCACUGUAGCUUCUGUACCACUAGAAGUGAGUGAUUUUCGUGAGAAUGAAAGUAGAUCGGAUGAGAUUCAUCAGAAAGUGAUCCAAAUAGCUUCAGUGUCCCAAUUAUCUCCCUCAGUCUCACCAGAACUUACUUCUUAUCCUGAGGAUGCCAUAAUCCAGCCAUUUGAAGAAUUUGAUCACCAGUCGAAUCAGGAAGUCGAUACUUCUCAUGACUACUUAGAUAUUGUAAAAAAUAUCGAAGAACAAUUACCAGUAAAUGUGAAAACAAUUAAAGAUCAUUUAAGUGGAGAGAGAGAUAUAAAUAAGUUGUUAAAAAUAUCACCAGAAGACAUUCGACGUUCACCGGUUAAAGUUUCGUCACUAUUGAAUGUCAAGCAGUUACUUGAGAACGCUGCUGACAUACCGCAAACAUAUGGUGGAGAAGAAUCUAUCCUAGAAAAAUCGUUACCAGUGCCAACUAUCAAAUCGAUUUCAAUGACAAUUUCGGGACAUGGUAGAAAAUCAGAAAAGCUUCUUUUACGAGCUUGUGGAAGCAAUGAACGUGACGUGUGGUUAUCUGUAGAAAAUUCUGUAUUGCAAACUGAUAAGCCACAGAAGUUGAUAAAAGUCGAUUCAUAUAACUCAUGUCGAGAAAAGUGUAACCUUAUCACAAGUUUGGGGCUUGACUGUCCUGCAUACACAUAUGAUGAUAUUAAGCGCGAAUGCAUGAUGCAUACGGAUAAUACAGCAGCUGUGUCAUUUUUAACUCUUUUACCGUCACCUCAAGCUGAUUUUAAUAUCCGUACUGCCAUGAUCUUCUGUUAUCCAGGAAGUUUAACGAUUUUCAAGGAAUGUUCUGAAUUCAUCGCAUUUCGGGAUUAUACAUUAGAUGUCGAACCUCGUGAACAUUUCGAUGACAUGCCAAAAGGACGUGACGGAUUGCAUGCAUGCAUUGAACUUUGUGUUUUGGCUUCUUAUUUCCACUGCAAGGCAUCUUUAAAGCAUUUCUCAUCGGCAACAUUUGAUACUUUAUCUGGCAAGUGUCUGUUACGUGAUGAAGAUUCUUUAUCAAGUCCUGAAUAUUUCCGAGAGCAUGAACAAUAUGGACUGAUUUAUUUUGAAAAUGGAUGCGAGCAAUUUGAUGAGGAACAAACUCCUGAAGAAGCUCAAGUUGAACGUAUUCCCAUCGAGCGUCAUAAUGCGAUUAAACAGCAACAGAUCUCCGCCUUCUAUAAUAUUGAAAAAUAA